AUGGUCGACCGGUUGGUCGAGCUGCCCAGGCAGGCGACUCGGUUUGCUUACUUCGGAUCGCCUGCGCCCACGCGCCUAUGUUGUGGUGUCCUUCCAUGCCGGACACGGCAUGAGAUCUCGAGUUUAGCCAUCAUUUGCUCUAGCUUGAAUUACAAUGUCACCUACAACACUUAUUUAUACCGAACAGGAACUCAAGAAACCGGAUCCGAAUUAUCAUUCACUUGCAAUACCUUAAACAACACCUAUGAAACCGGCAACGACGAAGCCAUCGCCGUCAGUUUCAACAAAGGUCUCUUCACGGUCUUAAACGAAAACGUUCCAGCGCGCCAGGAAUUCAUCUUCGGUCUUAACUUCGGCCGCAACGAUGUCUCCGUGCCCCUUGCUGAAGUCGAAGCCGCUGAGAAGUAUAUGCAUCCGUCGCGCCUGCGGGCAUACGAGCUAGGCAAUGAGCCCGACUUCUAUGGCUCGUCGCAGCGCUCGAGGCCAUGGACUGUGGACAAAUACGUAGCAGAACAAGAACGCUGGCUUGACCAGCUGGGGAAGAAAACGAAGAAGGGGUUUUCAAUCGGCGCGCUCGCACAGCUACCGGUCUACCAGGGGAAUUUCUCGCUAGCGGGGAUAACCGCUCUCGGGUUGCCGAAGAAGGUGGAUUACCCCGUGUCGCUUUCGGAUCACACGUAUCCGUAUUCCCGCUGCGAUCCCGCACGAGAAGCCCAGGUCUCACUUCAGGGUCUCAUGAAUCACACUGCCUUGGUGCAAUUCUUCUCCCAGUGGGCCCCCGAGAUCAAGGCUGCAAAUGAUGCUGGCCUUCCAUUCUUAAUGGGCGAGACAGGCAGUGUGUCUUGCCACGGCGCGCAGGGCGUGAGUAAUACCCUUGGCGCCGCGUUGUGGGAGCUGGACUAUAUGCUUCACGGUGCGACUAUAGGGAUGAGCGGCGUGUACUUCCAUAUGGGGACACCAUUCUACUACAGUAUGUGGCAACCUGUCGCACAUAAUGGAACCGCUGCCACAGUCUACCCUACGUACUACAGCUUGCUUUUCAUGGCGUCGGCCCUGACGCUCAACAACCCGCACAUCGCCUCCAUCCCAGUGACAGAUCCGAAUCUAGUAAUUUAUGCACUCUACGAAGGAUCCCCAUCAGUUACCGAAAAGCCCGCGAAACUCAUCAUUCUCAAUAUGGGUUUCUUCAAAUCAGAUCAAAGCGGGCCAGUUGCUCCAGUGAUGGCAAUUGACGUCUCGCAGAUUCUUGGGGAGCGGACUAAGAUAACUCGGCUGUCGGGACCGGGAAGCGACGCCACCUCUGGCGCAACAUUCGCUGCGCAGAGCUAUGAUUCGGGCAGGGCGGGGGGCAGGAAAAUGGUGGAGAGGGCCGGAGGGAUCGUUGCGGUAAGAAGUAGCGAGGCUGUCAUUGUUGAGAAGUAUUAG